GCACUGAUAGGCAGCACUGAUAGGCGGCAUUGACUGGCACUGUUAGGCGGCAUUGACUGGCACUGUUAGGCGGCACUGACUGGCACUGAUUGGCAGCACUGAUAGGUGGCACUGACUGACAUUGAUAGGUGGCACUGACUGGCACUGAUGGGUGACACUGAAAGGCAGCUCAGAUGGGCACUGAUAUGUGGCAUUGAUGUGGCACUGAUGGGCACUGGCAGGUGGCAUGGAUGAGCAGAGAGAGUUGGCACUGAUGGACAAUGACAGGUGGCGCUGCUGGGGCUACACAGCUCAUCAGGGCACACUGAUCAUCAGUGCUCUGCGGCAUUUCCCUUUUCCCUGUUUACAUGUGAUCAGCUGUGAUUGGACACAGCUGAUCACAUGA